AUGCUGAGCAGCCGAGUGCGCUUGCGGGCAGCUGUGUGUUUUGGCUUCAUCGGCGCAUGGACUUUGUCGUUCGUCCCUCCGCUGAGCAAGGACAACAACAUCGCCAAGUCCGUGGUGGCAGUGCCUCUGCUUAUCGCUCAGACAGCGACGGCAGCCGAGACAGCGUCGGUUACGCCACAGCAGGCCGGACCAGUGUUUCCACCAGUUGCAUUUGAGAGCCUCCUCUACAGCGCCGCGAUUUUUUUCGUGGGUGCAGUUACCACAGACCUGAUAAGCUCGUACAUCAAGCGGAUGAAUGACACCAACGAACUUCGUUUCAGCAGCAUCGAGGAGCAGCUGAAGGAAGUGAAAGCCACCAUAGGCGAAGUGAAAGUAUCUGUAGACGAAGUGAAAGCAAGCCUCGGCACCGCGACGACGGUUUUUCGUGCAAUCCUUUUUGCAGGGCUUGGGACGGUCUUGGGACCGUUCCUUCUUAAAGCACUAGCCGUCGCAACAGCGGUGCCGUAA